AUGUACGUGGGUAGUCAACAAACGGAUACCAUCCAUCCCAUCAUCCACCGCUGCUGCUGCUGCUGCGUGCGAGCGAGCGGCAAUUCUUCUGCAACCUGCACACCCACCACCGCCCGAGCCCCACGCACGAGCGCUGCUGCGGACCGGGCCCCGGGGAAGGAUGAUGGAGGAGGGCGGCAGCAACACCAGAUGGGCAUGCCGAUGCAAAGCAACGCAAAGCAACGCAACGCAAGGGAACUACACACGAGCUUCCACACCGCUCUCCCCUUCCCCCCUCCCCCGGGGGAGCGCGGCGACGAGUUUUGUCUGUCUGAUCUGAGACGAGACAAAGAAGCUGCUGCUGAUGUCCUCGUGGUUCGCAGCAGCAGCAGCAGUAGCAGCAGUUAG